AUGGGUCAAGCUCAGGCUGCUCGUACAACUACUGCAGUGCUACUGCUGUCAAGUCAGCAAGUCAGUUCACCCCCGGGCCAUUUGGAUUUUCGUGCCAUACCUCAGCAGUCCAUUCCCUCAGCUAAACUUGGAGUUGCUCUGCUUGGUGAUGAACGGUUUGAGUAUGACAAAACACGAGUCCCAGAGCCACCAACAAUUCACCUUUUGAAGGAUAUUGACAGGUUGUGCGAGGAGUGGGAGAGUUCAAACUUGCUCUGUGUGGGUGGUCGCGGAAUUCCUGUAAAACACUGGGGUAAGUUCUACAAAAGGGCAAAGGGGGUCAAAACAACAGCCUGGGAUGCUCUAAGGGUUGAGUGGGGGAACUGGAAGUUCAUUGCCGAGGAGCGCCAGCAUUACCCAGACACUGCCUCAUUCUGGCAUGCAUUCAGCGACGGAAAUGGCAAGAGGUUUUUGUAUCAGCAAAUCCUUAACAGCAUCGCAGAGCAGCGGACUUCAGCAGCAGCUUGA